ACAGACAGACCGCUAGAAAAGUGUCAAUGUAGACGGAGCGAUUAUUACUUUUUUUAAACGACCAAGGAGGCCGUCAUUCUUCAGGAAAAGUUGCUGCGAACAUUUUCUGUCUAAGUUUAUCUUCGCCCUGAGCGAUUUUAUUGAGGGUUGAUUGAGUUAACGUGGAGUACCGCUGACGUUAGCUAAAAAGAAACCAACAAGACAGGUUAGCAGCUAAGAGCUUUGCUGGGAGCUGAACCUGUAUGUCUGCCCGGUGUCAGCGAGGACCAACAGCCCCGGAGGAUGCAGGUUCUUCAGGACAACUUCUUGUACCACUCAAACUCGAGGUUUGGAGGUGAUGGAGGCCUGGAAGAUGAGAGACAACUUUUGGUUGAGGAGCAGAAAUUAUGCAAAGCCCGAGCUCGCAAGUUUUCCCAGGAAACCAACCUACGCCAGAAGGCCCUGGAGGAGAGACGGAAGCAGUGGGAUGUGCAGGAACAGCGGCUGAGAGAGAACAUCCUACAGCAACGCAGACAGCGAGUACAGGAUGCAACUGAGCGCUUCCAAAGAGCCCAUCUACCUCCUUCUCAGAGACGUAGACAAUCUUUUAGAAGAAAUGUCCCAAAUAUUGAAGAUGCGCUUAGUCAACUUCAAGGCAGCUUGAGUUCUUACACCCGGCAGUCCUCUUUCUUGUGCAGCACCUCUAACAUUAGCAGAAGCUGCACUCCCUCUCCCAAGCCUCCCACAGUUCCUAAAUCCUCCCACCGCCAAGCACUCUCUGCUGUAGAGGCCUACACUAAACUGCUUCAGGAGCAGAGCAUGACGUACUUCAAGAACAGUCAAGAAACUGGAAAGACACAAGAGAAGCUACAAGAUCACAGUCCACGGAACAGCCACGUGUCUGAUUGCUGUAUUUCUGAAAGCCUUUCAAGUAAGGACAGUUUGGACAAUGAGGACCCCAGCCACAGUAAAAAUAAUUCCUAUUCAUUAUUCUUGCUUGACUCAGAGAAGCCACAUCUAAACCUGAGAAAGCAAAAUGAUUUGUUUCCAACAUCAGACCUAACUUCGUCAGCAAUGCUGCUUCUUGGUGAUAACUUGACCCAAUCGCGAAAACUUCCCGAGUUUAAGCAGAAAAAGCAAGAGGACACUGAAAGGCCUAACCAUAAGAUGCACAUUUCUAAAGCUUCUUGGGGGUUCACAUCUGAGCAGACGCCUAAAACAGAAACCCAACCUGCUCUGCACAACUGCAACUUAUUAACUUUUUGUGAAAUUAUUAGUUCAGACCCAGAGCACUUUGAGCUAACCUCCCCACAAAACAGUCCCAAUGACAACAUCAUUGUUACAAAUAGAGUUACUACGGACAGCACAGCACUUGAGUCUUCAUGUCCGAAACAAGAGUCUCUGUUGGAUCUCAGACAGCAGAGGGUCCAUGAUGACAGACAAUUAAAACAGCCAUCAGCUACAGAGAUUCUUUUUCCUGCCAAAAAUGGCAAUAGUAAAGACAUUUUGUUUGGGUCUCCCCCAAAGCCAAAUAUUUUCCUGAAUGAUAGCCCAACAGAUAAUGUCUCACAAGAAGGGACUCUUCAGCAAACAGGAAAAGAAAACCACUAUCCAUCAUCCCAGAAAGAGCCUAGUGCUUCCAUAAACAACCUCAAUAAGGUUUCAAACUCAGAGCCCAAAACAGAGAAGCCCAUUAAUACAGCAUUGGUGCAGCACACAUGCUUGUCUAACAUUCAGUCAGAUACUCUUAAAUGCCUUAGGUGUCCUGAGGAGGAAGUACAAAAGUUGCCCGUUUCAGUGGGGGCAUCUCAUUCAGUAUGUGAAGUCAGAUUCAUUAAAGGAAUUCUUAAAAAGCAGUCCAAAUAUAUGUCAGGAGAUACUACAUGUGUAUAUGGUUCAGGGCAUUUGAUUUUUGCAAAACAAGUAGCUUUAGCAAUCAGAGAUAGUGUUGAAUUGACAAGGGUGAAGACAAAGGACAUGGAGAACAACAACACUAUCAAAAAGAAGCUGCGCUGGUUUGACGAGGUACAUGUGGGAAAAGAGGACAAAGCACAGAACAUAAUGAAACAGAUGAAAGGCAAGUCUUCCAAUGUUUCUCAGUCAAAGAAAAACCCAGAAGACCACCAGCUAAGUCUCACUACAGUCUCAGGGGCUUCCAAGCCUGGACCCAGCAUGACCCCUCCAGCUUCCACUGGUUAUCACUUUACAAAGCAAGCGUGGGCAGAUGUUGGGGUUCAAGUCAGCUUACCCCAGGAACGAGCAGACGAGGUCAAGGUGCCGCGGGGCAGCACCAGGGCCGGUGGCCCCAAGGUCCCUUGGAGAGAGCGCUCUGCCAGAGUUGGAGUGGGUCCUGUUUCCUCGCGGACUAGAAAGGGCACCGUCAUACGACCUCAAUCUGCCACAGAGGUGAAUCAGAUUGCCAAAACCCAAGGGAAGAUCAUGGUGCCCUGCCCACCUCCUAGGAUAGAAUCGGUGGAAGAAAGGACGGCAUAUAUCGCUAAGACUCCAUAUGGCAUGGAUCAUGCUAGUGUCAACUGUAAACAAGCUCCAGCCCUAGAGCAGGCCCUGCACAAGGACACCUCAGAAGGCUUUUUCUCACCAUACACACAUCAUCUAAUCAGAACAGAUAGUACUGUCAUGUACACACCACUACCGCCCUCGUACACAUGCCCUGUCUCCGAGGGCAACAGGAAGGGUACACUCAGUUCAAGUCAUCAGGAGACUCAUGGCUGCGGUAGAAGAAGAGGGAUGGUGUUCAAUGAAAAAGGCCUGUGUUUAGAUUGCACCCCCACGGAUGAGGAGAUCUCACAGCUUUGGCACGGUGUCCGCAGCGCCUUAGCCACCAAGGACGCAAAAACAAUGCUCAGAAGACAGGCCCUGGAGAGUGGGCGAGCUGUAAGGAAACACUGCAUGGAGCAGAGCAGGCAGUCUUCUGGCUCAGGGAAUAGACGGCUUCCUCAGCCCUCUCAGCCAACGAAACAGCCCACAGAGCCAAUCAGAAUGUUUUCCAAUACUUGCAACGUGGCCUUUACAGAUGAAGCAUUGGAAAGUGCAGCCCAGUUACACCUGGCUGAAGUACAUACUGAAGGCCUACUGGAAGAAAGAGAUAUUAUAGCUGCCAUGGAAACAGCCCAAACACAGGGUCCAGGAACGGUGCUGCAGUACAGCCAACAGCAGGGACUCACCAGCAUUUCCUUUGAAGAGCAGAAAAUCCUACUCUCUCUGGACAGACUUAACCACCAGCUGCACUGUGUGCGAGAACAUGUAGCUGGCAAAACUGGCACACGAGGCCUCGUACUUAUUGAUGCACCUUCUACAAAAGAAAUUAGAGUCACAAACCAUCUCAAGCACCGUGCGUCUUCAGCUAACUACCGCUCUCGAUACCUGAAGAAAUUCUGACUUAAAGCAUGUGAGGUCCACAGUGGCCUUCACUCCCAUCAGUGCAUUAUAUCUUGCGUCAUACUGUGUAACUAAGCACUUUAUUACCCUGUAAAAUGGAUUUAGUCUUUUUUAAAACUAAAUGUGCCUAUUGGAAUAUCUUCUAAACCUAAAAGACCAGCCACAAUGGACUGUAGAAAUAAAGCAAAAUGAGACCCGUUUCAAGGUUGUUGUGUGGAAAUUAGUUUUGUAUUUUUUUGAUCUGCCUAGGCAAGAACACACUUAAAACUUACUUUAGCUUUUGCUAAGCCACUUACUAUUAAGCAAUCAAAUUCUAAGUGCCUUUCAUACUGGCUUCAAUUUGUUUUAUUUCACAAAUGCAAAUAGUCCAUUCUUAAAAUUGACACAUGACAAGACAUUACUGCAAAGUAUACACAGUAAAUUAGGAUUAAUUAAGAUUAAAAUUUAUUUUUCAAA